CUUGCCCGUAGCUUGCCCCAAAUUCGCGAGGAUGCCUCAAAACAGCUUUCCGAGUGCCGCAAGGAAUUGACUCGAAUUCCUUCUCCUAUCUCAGAUGAGCCGGCGACCUAUAUGUUAGCCAUCGUCACCAGUUUUUGCUCCGAUUUCCGAACAUUAGUACGCGGAGGAGCAGAUUCCGCUGAAUUAAUUCGGCUACAUCGUCGGUCAUACGGAACUUUCAAGAAUACUAUACGGAAGACUGCCCCUAGUUUUGUGCCAUUUGAAGCGAGCCAGACGGUUUCAGAUUUUUACAAUUGCUUAGACGACGAAGAAGAUGAUCCAAUUGCUAGAGUUUCUGCCAUUGGAAAAUCGACAAUGAAUCUAACGGAAGUGAGAAAUCAUAUCAACCUGUCCUUGACACGAGAGCUUCCGAAUAACGUCCCAUAUGAGGCGAAAGCAUCCCUCAUGGCCCGAUUCCAAGAGAGCUGGCCAAAAGCCGUGGACGAUUGCUUCUGCAGUGUAGAAAGUGAUACACUCGCCGUCUUGACCAAGAUGAUCGAAAAGCAUUUCGGAAGAUUCAGUCUAUUGCAAUCUCAAAUGAAGUAG